UCGAUCAUGGCGUCGCCGUCUAAGAGUAGUAGCAAUAUGGUGAAAUUGAAGGCCUCCGAUGAUAAAACUUUCGAGGUGGAAGAGGCGGUGGCGGUGCAAUGCGGAACCCUAAAGAACAUGGUUGAUGACGGAUACGGAAACGACACGAUUCCCUUGCCAAACGUGGACGGCAAGAUCCUGGGGAUGGUGUUGGAGUGGUGCAAGAAGCACGUGGACGACAAAAUCACCAAGGAUGAACUCAGCAAGUACGAGGACGAGUUUGUCGAGGUUGACCAGGUAGAUCUCUAUGAUCUCCUAAUGGCUGCAAACUAUCUCCUCAUCCAGGGCUUAUUGGACCGAGUCUUGAAGAGGGUUGCUGAUUUGAUUAAAGGAAAACAGCCUGAAGAAAUUCGCAAAAUCUUUAACAUCAAGAACGAUUUCACUCCUGAAGAAGAGGAAGAAAUCCGCAAGAAAAAUGCUUGGGCAUUUGCUUGA